UUUUCGAAACAAAGAAAAGUUUGAGAAACUUUUAUGAAAAUCUUUCACUUGGAUAAUAACCCAUAGACUCCACAAAUUAGAGAAGUGUAUAGGGCAGUUUCCAUUGUCUCCCGAAAUAUCCUUAAGGACUGAAGAAUUCAGAAGAAUAAUUGGUUUUUAUGUGUCUUUUCAACCAAAGGACUUUGUUUCUUUCUUCAGUCUAACAUCUCAAACACAGUACUGUGGCCCCUAGCAAACUGGAGCAGGAAACCGAGCUUAAAUCCCGAGACUGGCAUGCAUUCGCGAAACUGGAGCAACACCACACAAGGAAUUGUGUACAAACCCAUCAUAUUCGCCUGAGUGAGGCGGUGGGAAACUUGGUUGCAUUUUCAUUUGCUUGGCUGCCAGCAGAAGAGGGGAUUUGUGUCAGUUUCACUCCGGCUGAUAUUCCCUCCAGAAGAAGCGAGCGGAACACUCAUUUUCACAUUUCCAGCGUGGAUGGGAGAGUGACAAACCUCUUGACACCACCUGCAAGGGGCCUGAUUUGUUGUUUUCUCUUGUUGUGGGGGAAGGUGCAAACAUAUCUGCAAGAAGGAAGCUGGCAAGUGACGUCGCAGCCAGACGAUAGACGGAUUUACUCCCUGCCAAAGAACGUUCAUCCUUGAAACGGCGUGAGGAGAUACGGUUUGUGUAGCCGACAAAGCAAGCUGGAGACCAAAAAGACAGAAUAAGAGUGUGAUGAGAGAUGAUGUUGGAUAGAAAAAUGUGACCAAUGGCAGAGGAUAUUUUUAGCCCAACCAUGCACGUAGACACAUACAAACCCAGUAUCUCUCCAGUGUCACCGUUACUUCCUAGAGCUCAUUAGAACAGACUCAGCUACUUGUUUCUCCCAGGAGCUCACAUCCAUGAAUCUCCCAAAGUUUUCUGCCGCUUCGUAAUGUUCAAACUGUGCUCCUCCUAAAUCACCUGACCUGAACGCUCAGCAGAAACGGAAAAGGUACGAAUGCGUCCGAUGUGUCUGCUUGUUCCAUCAGUGCAGGCGAGCACUGCAUCUUACCAGUGACUGCAGAGGUACUUGAGAGGCAUCAUUAUUUCUGCUGCAUCGAGUUUGACUAAAUGCCUCUGCAAUUUCUAAAUCCUCUUCGACCCUCAUUAUAAAAAUGCACCUUUUAUUACAGCUGCAGCUUUUUGUCAGAGUGGCAAGAACCCGAGGAGCAACCGACAAAGGAGAGGGCGGCAAAAGUGCUUGAUCGCAGAAGAUUAAAGGACCAAACAAGGGGGAAGUAAAAAGGAGGAUGGUGCUGUUCCACCUUAAAGAAUCUUUUGAGCCAACCAGGAAGCUGAGCCAUUUUCUCUAAUAGCUCUGUUCCUUUAAAGCCUCCUGGCUCUGCCCGUGUUUACUCCCUCUUAAGAUGGCUGCGCCUCAUUAUCUUAUUGUACUGCAGCCCUUGAACAGUGUGUCAGCUGCACUUGGUACAGCAGCACGGUCAAUAUUCACCGUCUUUCAGAAUGAAUCAUCUCCUUCAAUGCUCUGAUGCAGCGCUGCUGACUGAGGCUAAACUACUGUCUUCCUGUCAUGUAUGCUCCUUCAGAUCACUAAUAUGCUCUCUCUCUCUCUCUCUCUUCCUCUCCUCCGGCUAGAUGAGGUCGACUCGGAAAGUCUCGGUGUGGCCUGUGGCCUUCGUGGGUGGCCUGCGCUACGAGUCCCCCAAGGUAAACGCAGCCGGAAAGGUCUACGGCUGGAAGGCGGUGUUCGACCCCCACCGGCCAUUUGCCAUCGACAUGGCUGGCUUCGCCAUCAACCUGAAGCUCAUCCUCGCCAAACCACAGGCGUACUUUAAGCUCCGCGGCGUGAAGGGAGGCUACCAGGAGAGUAGCUUGCUCCGAGAACUCGUAACACUCAAUGACCUGGAGCCAAAAGCUGCCAACUGCACUAAGAUUCUCGUUUGGCAUACAAGGACAGAGAAACCCGUCCUUGUGAAUGAGGGGAAGAAAGGAUUCACAGAUCCGAACAUGGAGAUUUGAUUGUACUUUCCUCAAACUCUGGUGGUGGGCCUUGCAUCUGCGGUGGGGGGAGGGGGGAGAGAAACAGUCAGGUUUCUAUAGAACUGUUCAACUGUGAUGAAGUCUUAAUUCUAAGGAAACAAAAUGGAGGAAUACGACAUGGGUUAAAAAUAUUUUUUCAAAUAUGGACCAAAAACAUGUCAACUAUAUCAUAUCAAAGCACAGCAGGCAGAGGCAGCAGUCGUUCUUCGGAUCUACCACUGAAGAGCAAAGAGGACGGAUCUCUAACGAGGUUUACCUGCACCUUCUCCGGGGGUUGGGUGGGACAGCACAAUAUGAGAAGCAUACAGCCAGCAGACGGGAACAAGCGAGCAGGUCUGAAAACUAUCCUUCCUCCGCAAAUAACGCAAAGGAUCUGAAAGAAACAGACCAGGAUCUGCACAUUGCACACAAAAGGAGGUUCAGGAUGUGGAACGCAUCAUCAGUGCUGGAUUUAGAAGAAAAACGAAAAAAAAAAAAAAGUUGAGUUCACUUUCAGCAAGGAAGAAAUGUUGUUUUAAUAACUACAAAUGUUUGCUGUAAUUUAAUUUAACUGGUUUAGGAGUUUUAUGAACACUUGAUCUGCUAGUUCACCUGUAUUGACUCUUCUCUUCAUGUCCUGUUGGGUUAUCAUCGUCAACUUUACGCCAUCAUUAAAACUCAUGCAUAUACAGUGGGCCACUUAAAAGAGAAACUCAGCUUUGGUGUUCAACUUAAGAAAUAUAGAAAUCCAGAAACUUAACACUUUUCUUAGCACUUAAAAUUAACAAGGGGUUUUCUCUUGAGGAAGGGUUUAUACGUAGCAAACAAAUAUGAGACCAAUCGGAGGCCUGGGGGAAAAUGCACUGAACUAUUGUAUUUAUGUGUGAAUGCAAAGCUAUUAAAUUAUUGAAACUGAAAGAUAAAGCUCAUUUACUGUCUGCACUCGUCUUGCAGAAUACUGGUGGAAUGUGUGAGGCUUUACUAAGAGAACAUUUAGUUUGCGGCACCUUCAAAAUGAAGAAUCUUUCAUUCAAGCUCAGAUUCAUAAAGGUCAAACUCCUACAGAGGCCCAAAAGUGCCACAUUGAAAUUUAUUUAUUAGAGAGAAAAAAAAUACCUUACCAAAUAAGAAAACAUGUCAUUAAUUAUCUAAUGAGUUUGUGCUGCAGUGCAAAAUGAAUUUAGUUUUUCUCUUCUUUCUGCAUGCCCGUCAGUCCGCAGGCGGAGCUGACGCAGAUAUUCUGAAGAUGACGGAUUUGGUCUGAAGGAAAUUCUUACACUCACAUGGUUAGGCAUCUAUCUCAUUGCUGUAACAAAGGAUGAUUUUCCUGAUUUAUGUACACAACCAUCAGAUCAUUGUUCUUGCAUAUAAACAAAAUAUCUCUCGCAGGGCAAAUGGAGAUUAAAAACAUUUGGGAAAACCACCUUUAACAAAUUAAACAGUCUUUUAUGGCAGAACCUUUAUCAUUUAAUUCACUGAGUGCGCUUCCACUAUCUUACCUAGAUUAAUACUACAGCAGCACCACCAGGAACAGGCUGGAUGUUUAAACCACCAGAAAGUUUUUUUUUAAGCAGUGUCUAGAUAGGAGCCACUCCUAAUUUUGGGGGUGUUAGGAUUUCAUAAGAUUUGCCUUGGUAUGCUCCUACGGCUGGAAUAAAAAUUUAGGUUAAUUAAAAUAAAAUCUUCACACUCCUUAGGUUUUUUUUUUUUUUUAAAGGAAACCUAUUCUUUGUAAGGUCAUGUAAUGAAGAAUCUAUUCACUACUGUGCUGAUCCAAUGCAGCUCUUUAAAAAUGUGUCAGUGAUUCUGAAAUACUGCAGCUCUUUUCACUUUUACUGUCCAAAUUCUAGAUUCUGGUGACAUUUGAAGAGUGAAUGGCCGAUAUUCAGUGUCUUAAUGAACAACAGACAAGCAAGUAAACAUUACAAAACAAAUAAAUAUUGCUACUAAUCAAAUAUGGUCUUUUGCUAAAUUAGAAUCCAUUCACCACUAAAGUCUUAUUGGUAAUCACAAUGACAAUUCAAACUACUUUACAAUACAUCGCAGUACAUUAACAAAUGUAAUCAUGACCCAUUUAGGCAAAUUCUGUUGGUUGUUUUUAUGUAUUACUUUGUGGCACUUUUGGUUCUCCAUAUAUCUAAAUCCUAAAAUCCUAACUCUGUUAUUUUGUCUGGGCACAUCAAAUCUGCAUCAGAUAUUGGCUAAAUACCAUUGUAUAUGAAUAUUAAAAA